AUGGCAGAUGCCCAUGUGUCUAUGGGGGUGAUCCUCUUAGCCCAGACUGUGGUUGGGUUUGUGGGUAAUUUGUCUCUUCUCUCCCAUUAUCUAUUCCUUUCCUGCAUGGGGAACAGGAUGAGAGCCACAGACUUGAUUCUUAGGCACUUAAUUUUGGCCAACUUCCUAUGUCUUCUGUGUAGGGGUGUUCCCCAAACCAUGGUGGCUUGGGGCUGGAGAAAUUUCUUCAAUGAUAUGGGGUGCAAAAUGGUCUUCUAUCUUUACCGAGUGGGCAGGGGGGUGGCAAUAGGUAGCACUUGCUCCCUCAGCAUCUUCCAGGCUGUGAGCAUCAGCCAGGGGGACUCCAGGUGGGCAGGGCUGAAGGGGAGAGCCCACAAGCACAUUGUGUCCACCGUCUACUUCAGCUGGGGGGUUUUCCCCCUGGUGAGCAUUGUUUUUCCCAUGUACAUCACUGGAUGCAGAGCACACAACAACAUGACGAUCUUAAAAGCCUUUGGAUACUGUUCUUCUGUGCGUCAUGAUCCAACUGAGGAUGUGCUUCACAUGACCAUGCUCUUGGUGCCUGAUGUUCUGUGUUUGGGGCUCAUGCUCUGGGCCAGCACCUCCAUGCUUUUUGUCCUGUACAGACACAAGCAGAAAAUGCGACACAUCCAGAGGACCAGUGUUUUCACCAGAGCCUCUCCCGAGUCCAGAGCUACCAUAAGCAUCCUCCUCCUGGUGACUGCCUUUGUCUCCUUUUACGCUAUGUCCUGCAUCUCUCAGAUUUGCUUGUCUGUGAUUUACAACCCCAGCCCUGUGCUGUACCUUAUAGCGGCAUUUGCUAUGGGCUGUUUCCCAGCCCUCAGCCCUUUCCUGCUCAUGAGCAGACACUCCACUCCCUGCAGCCUCCUCUUCACCUGCACAAAGAAGAAGAAAGUGGUCCUCCCCUGAGGACCACCAAGCUUGCAUCUCAGCUGAACUUUG